GGCACCACCAUGUUGGAGCGUAACAUGUAGUGAGAGUUAGGUGGAAACAGAAAAUAUGCACUAUAUUUAAGAUGUGUUCUUUGUAGAGGUUAGUAGGCUACUUUGUUUUCUCAUUUUGAUGUGAGGUCGCUGUGUAGUUUAUGAUGGAAAUGGAAAACUACGUUGGUAAACUUCUCGAGUAUGCACACGAGAAGUGUUUGGGGGUGAGUUUCGAGGACGUCGGAUCUGUUGUCUCUGAUCACAUUAAAACAUUUACUGUGAGAGCAGUCGUGAAUGGUACGGCGUAUCCUGAUGGUGUGGGGAAGAACAAGAAAGAAGCCGAACGAGAUGCAGCAAAAAAUGCCCUAAAAGGCUUGUUGGAGGAGGUGGUUGACUCUAGAGAAACUGCUGCAGCAGAUGAUCAACCAAGUAUGGCUAACAUCAACUAUACAUCUUGGCUCAAUGAGUAUGUCCAUCAGGAAAAGGUGGAGCUGGUGGAGUCAAUAAAAUUGGGACCUAAUAAUGCACUGCAAUAUUGUAGGUUUGUGGUUGCCGAUAAGGAGUACCCAGUUGCCUGUGGGAAAACAAAGAGGGAAGCUAAGGAGGAGGCAGCCAAGCUUGUAUAUCAUGAGAUAUGUGGUAGUAAAACUACUGAGACUGGAGAUGAGAAAAGCAGCACACCAAUCAAGCAAAAGGUGGAUCUGAAUCAAAAUGUGUCUGAGAUCUGUGAUAAGACCAAGAACCUGAGUGUGAAGACUGAGGUCAAAAGCUUUGUAGAGACAAAUUUCAUUGGAAUUAUCAACCAGUACUGUCAGAAAACAUCCCGGUCCCAUACAUUCAUUGAAGAGAACGCAUGCGGCCCACCUCAUAUCCGUCAAUUUUUCUACAAACUGGUGAUCGACAACAAGGAGUACCCUGUAGGUGAGGGGAAGACUAUCAAGGAGGCCAAACAAAAGGCAGCUGAGCUGGCCUGGUCUGCUCUCCAAGAACAGUCAGACUGGGACAGUAAGGAAUCCUUCUAUUCAACUGUGUCUGAUGAUUGUGAUCCAGCCAGGCUGUCCACACCAUCAAGUACACUGGAUUCCCUUGAUACAGCGUCAAAAAGCACACCAGUGAUUACAGAUGACUCUAUUGUUUUCACUAAUACAUCAAACCCUCUCAAUGUUCAGGAUCAAAGUCCUGAUGUGAAGCCCAAAAGAAAAAUUGCACCAAAUUUCCAAAAUGUGAACAGAACAGAGAGCUCUGAUUUCAAAGAAAAGAGUAAAGGAAUUAGUUCCAUUAAGAAAACGACAACCCCGUCAAGCCUCUCAAGGUUUACAUCAGACUUUGACUCCAUAGAGCCCCUUGGCAAAGGAGCCUUUGGUUGUGUUUUCAAGGCAAAAGACAAACUGCUGCACAAGUGUUAUGCUAUAAAGAUUGUUCGCUGUAAAGAAAAAGCUCUGCGAGAGGUUGGGGCACUAUCAGACCUCCAUCACCACAACAUUGUUAGGUACUACACGUGUUGGAUGGAGGAUUCAGACUACUGGUGGGACAGUACAGAUGACAGUUAUAGCACUUCCAUGUCUACCGAUAAUCCACAUUCAAAGUUCCUCUACAUUCAGAUGGAGUUAUGUGACACCAAAACACUCAGAGUGUGGAUAGAUGAGAGGAACACACAGAAUGUGAACAAAUCUCUGCAAGACUCCAAGAGAAGAGAAGACAGUUUAAGUCUUGCACUGCAGAUAAUCAGUGGAGUUGAGUACGUUCACUCCAGUAAACUCAUCCACAGAGACCUGAAGCCUGCCAACAUCAUGUUUGGGCGAGAUGGAGAAGUGAAGAUUGGGGACUUUGGUCUGGUCACUGCCGAGAAUGACGACAAUGCUGAAAACCUGCUGGAGAGAACAGUGUACAAAGGAACCCCAUCGUACAUGGCUCCUGAGCAGAGGAAUAAGAGCACGUAUGACCGAAAAGUGGACAUAUUCGCUUUGGGUUUGAUAUAUUUUGAACUCCUUUGGAACUUCUCUACUGGCCAUGAAAGGAGAGCUCUUUGGGACGAUGCCAGAGGCCAGAAACUUCCCCAAGGGUUUUCACAACGUUUUAUCCAAGAGAGCCAAAUCAUCAAGUCAAUGUUGUGUGUGAAGCCAGAAGACCGACCUGAAGCAAGUACACUAAAGACAGAGCUCAAAGAGCAGGCUCAUGCACUUUACCCACUAAAAAAUAUGCCCAGAAACAACAAUUCUGUCUGAUAAUUACGAGGUAAUGUUCAAACACCAAAAAGAAAUAACAACAAAACAAAAAAAACAUUGUUUCAAUGUGCUUAGAUGUUUUGAAUGCUAAAAGAACUGUCUUUUUAUAACUGUCUUUCAUGAUCUGAUGUGACAUUAUUAAUCUGAGUAUGAGGUGUUUGAUGGAAAAAUCCAAAUAUGCACAUAUACACCUCAUUCAUUUUAUAAUAUGUGAAGGAAACAUGAAAUGAAUUUGUAACAUUGUUCCUUUUUGAUACAUUUUUCAUGUUGGAGAUUAUUACUGUGUCAGCGGGUAAUGAAAUAAUUUAUUCUAUCUAGGAAGAGAUUACAUGUCUUUAGGUGUGAGAUUUACUGGGGUUUUUUGUAUAUUUUUCUGGGUGUCACAAAAUGACUUUGAUAUUAUCACAAUGUGAGCAAUGAGGUCCAAUAAACACUUGUCAUAUUAG